AUGGCAUCCGUCAUCAACGAAUUAUGUAUUAAGAAUAUAUUCGAAUACGUUCUUCUAUUUGACGAAGAGGGACUGCCUCUCCUUCAUAAAAAUGAUCUAUUUUGCUGUGCACUCGUAAAUCGUCAUUGGUGCAUUCACGCAGUGCCACUUUUAUGGAGAACUCCAUUUCCUAUAUGGCCACUUAAGGGUGCAUCAUUUAUUUCAACUCUUCUAAAGUGCUUUGAAAAUGACGAUAAUCGUGAACAAAAUCAAUAUAUUGACACUCGUAAAUUGUAUUGGUUUAUGAGAACUCUAUUUCCUGUAUCGAUAUUUAAGGGCGCAUCAACUCUUUUGAAGCAUUUUGAAACGGACGAUUAUCGAGUGCAAAGAAGACCAGCAUUUCGAUAUAAUUUAAUGAUUAAACAAUUAGAUUUGAGUUGCUUGGGAGAUCUUAUUCAUGGCUGCUUGAAGAAUAAACAUAAAAUACAUAAUUCUCACAAGCUUGAUGAGUCUGGCGACACUUUGCUUUGGGAUACAUACAAGUUGCUUUGUCAUAAACUGAUCAAUACUACCGAAAAUUCCUUCUUUGAAUUGGUUCACGAGAAUGAGGAAGCAAUUUUGAGUGACAAAUUGAAUAUCUUUAAAAUACCAAACGCCAAAGAAUCGCUGGGAAAUCUACGCAAAUUAAGCAUCUAUCGUUCUGAAAGCAGAGUCCUUGAUUCAGCCUCGAAAAUCUGCCCCAAUCUUUCAUCAAUCCAAAUUAGCUGUAAAUUUUGGGAUUGUUUUGACGAAUAUUUGGAAUUACACAAGUCACUAUCCUUGUUAAAAUUAUUCAAGAAUCUAAAAUGUUUAGAUAUUUACUGUGGAGAACUUCUUGCACAAAACUACGGUGACAAUCUUUUAAUGGAACUUGGGAAAAAACUACCAAAAUCAUUGGAAAUUCUUGGUGCUUACGGCGACUUGAAGUUUUCCGUCGAGUCUCUCGAAAAAUUCUUGCACGGUGCCAAACAGAUUAAAUUUAAAUCAUUGGACUUUCGAUAUUCUAAAUGUAUUUCUGACGCGCAUUUAGAAAUUAUUCUGAGAGCAGUUGGAGAUUCAAAUUUCAAUAUUAGCAUUAAGGAACUCUUUGUUUAUUGUGGUUGGGCGAUAACCCGAGAGCAAGUACGAAAAUUGCAGGAUGAAGGAAUUAUCAUGUGUCUUUUUAACUGA